CGAUUAUCACUAACUAUAUGUCACUACAUACUAUAAGUGCCAUCAUGGGAACAAUUCGAUCACUCCACGACAUCCGAUAUGUUAUUAUAAUGUAUAUAAACGGCAGAUCAUUUACCCCUGUAACGUUUUUUAUGCUCGCAAAAACUAUCCUUCCUACUAUUACUAUAUUCAUGGGGAUUUUUGAAGUUAAUCAUGGAUUACUCAUUUAUUUCCGAUCUAUAACAAUAUUGUUCUUAUGGCUUAGUGUAAUCGCGAUUUUAAUAACCUUCAAGGAGAUCGGAAUUAUUACCAUUGGUAAGCAUUUCUCAAAAGCUGUCUACCUAAUAAUUUGAUAAUAACCUAUUAACCUUUUUAAUAUGCAGUCAUUG